GCCUUUUUCACGGACACACACGACCAAGAUGGGUGGAACGGCGAGCGUGCCUGUCGUAGUGCAGGAUGCCUUGAAGAGCUUGUCGCAGGCAGACCAGCAGCAGUUGCAAAGCAGGUUUGCCAAAGCGACUGGCAGCAACGAUGCGAGCAGUCGUGUGCCAACAAGCACCAUCCAAGGAUGGCUCUCUUUGAUGCCGUCGGCGGUGCCAUGUGUGCUGGAGAGCUGGCGGGCCCACCUCGGCCUCGAAUCGCAAUCGUCAUCGCCAGAACAUGCUGCCAUGAUGGAGCGUGACCUGUUCACGGUUGUGACGGCGACGGUAUCCUCCGGCUCAUCGCUCGCGCGUGCACAGCUCUUCGCCUUUGUAUUCUGGGCCUUUGGCCGCAAGACCGUUGAGGCGUUGGCCAAGCAGCCGUGUCUUCCCCCGCUCACGCUGUUUGAAGACGUCAGCUUUGACCACGUGCACGCGGCGGCGCGGCAGCUCGUCCACACGUGUCUCAGCUCUAGCGAGGGUGACAAGAAGGCACGGCAGGACGGCGGCAGCACACUCGUUGGAUUGCUGGUGCAGACGCUUCUCGACAUCAACGACGACGACGCCGAUACAACAGCAGCGGCGGAGAAGGAAACCGUCACAGCAACACUCAACGACAUUGCGCGGUAA